GUCUGAACAAGCCCUCGCUGUUUUUUUGUAAGUUGUUAGUGCCCAUCAAUCGUGAGCAAAGCAGUAUCGAUGUGGGGUGCCGCGUAUCUUCACAAGCAUUCAGAUUCACGAGCUCAUAUCAAAACGAAAACCCAAAGCAAGAACGAAUCUUCUUCAGCGUCGUGACCUCAUUGUCGACUGUCGGGGCCACCACUGCGCUGCUAUAAAGCUGUAAGUAGUAGAGGCCAACUUGUGUUAAUAAAUGAAAAUGUUCUCCCAUCUUCUUCUUCACCGACCGAGGUUCUCGCCGUUUCUCGCAUUUAUUUUUGCGACGACCCCUCGUCUCCAGGAGAUAGACGGUGGCCGCUGCGAAACAUGUUGUCUUUGUCUAGCAGAGGCUGCAGCGAACAAGCGCGACAAGCUCAGGCCGCGAGCAAGCACUUCGCCCUCGUCAUCUUCGAGCACAACGGAGAUCGAUUCUGUUUCUGGCCCAGCCCUGCAGCAAAGCGUCGAAAGCGGUCCUCCUGAGCCAGCGCCUGCGCUUCCUGCUACGUCACAAAGUUCUUCCGUCGAGGUCGCUGCCGGGGUGGACCAGUAUGGGGUAGCUUUCCUCGAAGCUGCGCCUAGCAAGAAGAAGAAGAACCACGGGAAGUCAACGGACGGUGAGGCCACACGGCCACGCGACUUGGACUUGUUGGAUGGUCAGCAUCAACACGAGGAUGGCCUUGACCUUGUCCUUGACCCCCAUCUUCAUCUCCGCGUGAUGAAUGACCAGUCCGUGUACUUUUCCGAUGAAGCCGCAGAAGUUCUGGCAUCCAGCGACGAGGAGGGGCAGCAGGGACGGGAUCAACAGCAGCUGCCAGCGGCGUACGUCGAAAGCGGUUUUCUCUUCAUGGCCGGCGCUACAACAGCAACAAGUCCACGAUCUUCACAACAGACGGCGAGUGAGGGGGCAACUACCUUUGCGUCCAUGUGCAAAAACGAGAUCUGCGACUUCGUCAGGUGGAAAAACCCUAUGGAUUGAAAACGAUGUGUCUCGGUCUGGAAGGUGGGUGCAAACUUGUAAUCAGGCAGCAAAAUUGCAAGAACCACAUGACAAAAAGAAAAACUUGUGUCUACACAAAAACUUGGCUAGUUGCAUCAUGAGCGCCAAGAAUAAAAGUUGUCCACUAUUUACUGCUACGCGAAUAGCGCAUUUCUCAUGCGGGAUAGGCAUCACGAGGCCUCUUCCGCCAAGCCUGUAAUACUUUUGCGUGCACCAUUCCACACCAUUUGUGUGGUUGGGGUGGAAAACCUACAUGACAAACUCCUGCAUUCCGCCGAGAGUUUGCCAAACGUGUUCCGCCUACCUAGAGUUUGUCGAGUAGGUGGCGGUAACUAGUGCCGCUAGUAAGUGCCGUUUUAAGGUUUAUCAAACAGCAGGGGCCACGCGGCCCAGCCGUAAAAUUCCCAAGACGAGCAUGUUGACAAACUUUCUGCAUUUCUGUUUCUCCAGACCCAGACACGACAUUUGCAGUUGAUAAACCCUAUUGCAGAGCAACUUCGGAUCGCAAACGCAGAGCUCGCCGCGCGCGAAUUUAACAGGUCGGGGAAAAUCAGCUUGCAGGUCCUGCAGGGGGAAGUCGACCACUGUGAGUUUCAAAAGCAGAGCCUCCACGACGUCCCAGGGGCCGGGAUUUUCUCCAGUGCUGACGUGCAGGCGGCGCUAGAGGCAGCAGCAGCAGGAAGUGGAGGCGCUAGUAGUAGAGCAAACAAUUCAACAACUUCUGGACGAACGAUAGAAAACAAGGCACAGCCGAGCUCUGUGCUGUGCGUCAUUCCGAAGUACUAUCGCUCCGACAGAUCUGAUUUCAGCUGGGUGGCAACUGUUUUCCCAGCGGAUGUGGUCCGUGGAGAUGAAGACAAUAGUACUGCGAGGAGUCAUUUAGUGCCGGCGCGUGGAGACAGGGAUCUGCUUCGGCCCUCGUCCUCAUCUCUUCGGCCGAUGUACAAUGUCGCGUCCGAGGGCUACGAGCAGGAAGCGUCAACCUCCAUGCCGGAUGGGAUCGGGAUUGCAACGGGGAAGCCGUUCCUCACCGUCGUGGACGAAGUGAUGGCCCGGAGUCUGGCACGGAAAUAUUUGGCAGUAAUCAAGCGCAGUCCAGUGAGCAAUUAUGCCACCCAUGGUCGCGCGUGGUGGUGGUGGGAUCAAAUUGGUGUGCGAAACCCAGAGACAACGUUUGACCCACCAUACCUGGACGAGAAGUACUACUCGCUGGCGCCUUCAACCCUGGAAGCGCACUCCCGCCUUCCGCCUUCUGCGCACUCCGAUCCGGGGUGGGACUUCGAGAGAUCAUUCGAUCUUUAUGAGGAACAUGGAAACGCGACCUUCCUCUUUCCGGGACCGGUUAUCAGUCGCGCUUUUGAGCUGGUGAGACCCAGAAUUGAAGACUUGACUUUUCCACGCCCUUGGGCGAUUGCCGGGGCAGCCAUUUACCAUGUCGUUUCUGCGAUUCUGUUCACCAACGCGCAACUGGCGGGAACGCUGUUCCUGGAACGAAAGGGGAUUGAUUUUGCCGGUGGUGAGCGUGCGCAGGUGGGCGAGGCGGGUAAGGGCUACAACAAGACUGCCGACGUCCGUCAGAACGUUGUGUCCGCGGCGCCACUCUCCUUCAAGAGGGGUCGGUGCACGGGGGAAGGCGAAAGUGUACGCAUGUGGGACGUCGCAAAAGAAUACGCACUAAAGAACGCCGGCCGCGUCGCGCACGGCUGGAGGGGCCGGCUUGGUGGCAUGGUGCGCCAGGCUACGACGAGUGCCGUCACGAAUCUGCGUGAGGAUCUCGGGCCGGGUCAUAUGCCAGUGCUAGUGUUUAUGGGAUUUUCAUUCUCAAACGUUACAUCACUACUCGCUGUUACAUUGUUUUUUGUCAACAUGCAGAAUUACCGUCAGCAUCACCCCUCACACAAGCAAGCUACUUCGCAUGACAGUGUCUCGACGCGCUUGAUUGUUAGCAUGGAGAUAGCUGUAGUUGCAUCGGAUAAUUUAUUUUAUGUAAUGCAAGACACGCAAACUUCCCCCUUCGCCUUCCACUUUAUCCUUAGCUACAACUCUUGCAGCACGGAUUCAAAUAACUCAACAUGUAACAGCUAUCGAUGUAAACGCGUGAGAAAAACUCGAUAGCGCUGGCAGAUGUUGUGGACGUGACACACGUGGCGGAGAUGCAGAGCAAUGUCUUCCGGGAAAGGUUUUUGUGGACAUCCUGGGCGGGGUUUCGGCGCCGGCUUCUCAACACCGAAAUGCACAUGCUGACGCGCUGCGAAAAGUGGGCUGAUCGGCUAAACAUUCGCGCCAUACUGGCCGUCGAAGAUGAAGACGUGGAGCACGUGAGAAACGCCGUCCGUGCGGCGGUGCGACUGGUUGCCAAAAGCAGUAGCACAAGAACGCAGACGCAGCCCAUCAAUAUCAAAAGCAAAUACGUCUGGGUCUUGAACUUGAUGAUUUCUGUCAGGCAGGUUUUCCGCGACCCAGACCCAUGACAUGGGAUCUGGUAUACAGCAUCUAUCAUGACAGAUUCCGUGGGACGAGCUCUGUUUAUCACGCCUCUCCUUCAUUACUAGAAACUGCCUCUAAACUUGUUCAAAAGUGGACAACUUUCUGUAACCAUGCAACACAAUUUUUUUUACGAUGCAGUUGCAGACUUCGCAUGACAAGCUUCCAGACCUAGACACAUUUGCAAUGCAUACAGCCCAGUGCCGGAACCGGCAGCACUGGAGGAGGACUUGCUGCAGCAGCAUCCGUAUGAACUGCAAAAGGAUCGUAGUAGUAUAAAUUGGCAAUUUAUUCAUUGCAUUACAAAUUAGCCCAGCAUUAAAUAUAGUAAUGCGGAAUUGCAAUUACCUUGACAAACAGAUUUGUAAUGCAUAACUACGAUUAAUACGAGUGCGAUACUUUUGCAGUGCAUAAUUCGCGUCCUCGCUGGAGCAGGACUCGGCGAAAGAAGGAGUGGCCGGCGCAGCCAUGUCUCACUCUGCUGAGGUUGCCGAUGAGGAACUGGAACUACCCAACGAACCGCUGAAGUUUGUCGUCAUGUCAGUCACGGAGGCGGACAGCACGUUGCACCUCUUUGAGAACCGGGGUACGAAGGAGUGGAUCGAGGCUGAUGUGCUGGCGAGUUGGUAUGCGAAGCACGCGAUUGAUUUCGCGGCUACUGCCAGCGACAAGUAGCGACCCGCCGCCGCUCAAAUGGAAAUGUGGGGAGAACUUGAAGUAGAAGUAGAAACAAGCGAGCUGCAUAGAGCAGUACUUUGAAACAAUACUAUAUGUUUUUUCUUGUGCUGCGACCAUGCAUUCGAAGCGAAACUUUGUGUAAUAUUUUGCUGGCUGUCAUGUUGUCUUUGCCACCUUUUACGUUUCCCGCACGGUGGCCGCGGCCGGAGGAGAAGGCGCGAGGACGUGCCUGCUCGUGUAGUGCUAGUAGUUCAAGAAAUACUGGCUCUCACUUUAUUUCGAGAUGAACAAGAAUGGAAAAAAUGAAAUAAUAAAACUUGUACAAGCAGCUAAUUCUGUAUCUCUACUCCUGUAUUUUUGAGUGACUCCGCUGUCACAAGAGGAACUCACGCCCGACGUUGUGGGAGGACC